AAGAGUAGUAGUUUAAUAUUGUAGAUAUGAAUAGAAAUAAUCAAAAUAUAGCCAGACAAUGCAAGGUAAACGCUCGAAGAGAAAUAAAAAAAUUAACAUUAGACGACCUAAUAGCGAGAGAAGUAACCGAAGGACUAAUGGAAAAAUUUAAUAUUGGAAAACAAGCAAAAGAAGCUAUAAAAUCAUAUCAGUCCGAAUACUGUAAACAAACUAAACUUAAAGAAUAUAAACAUCGUUUGACACCUUUAUAUGCCGAAGUUCCAAUGUUUGAUAAUUCAAAGAUUGAACUCAGGAACCAUGCCGAUAAAUGUCCAACUACAGACAUGAGCAACGCUUUAGAACUGGAAAUUAGAAAAAGAGUACGUGUAAAAGUAUUAGAGAGAAGAUAUAUUCAGAUAAUAAAUAACAUUAUGGACGAAACUAGGCAACAUUUUAAAAAUGUAACACAUAAGGCAGGGGUGAAUUUAAAAGUUUAUCCAGAUCGCAACGAACCUGGGAGAUCUGUUGUGGAGCCGUAUAAAUAUUUAGGACGCACUGAAACUUACGACAGUUAUUAUCUACCGAUGAGGACAGAGCUAAACAGUAAAUUUUUGCUACAUCACGAAUUAGUACGAAGAAUAUUUUACGAAUGUGUCACUUUGUUACCCGAGACCCUAUGUAAUAUCAGUAAUUUGCGAGGAAAGUCUUACGAAAUAAAAGAAUUAGAUGCAAUAUUUAAGAAAUACGUAGAGGAAGGAGAAAAUUACAUGAAAAAAUUGCAUAAUAAAGUAAUAGAAAUACUGGAGGAGGACAAUACGAAAUCUAAAGCAGGAACUGCGGUGUACAAUCGCAUUUUGAAGACAUGCAAUGGAUUAAUAUCUGUCUAUUUCGGACAAGCUUUAAGUCGCACUAUAAAGCACGUCGUCGAUGUUACAUCGAAAGAAGACCAGGUGCCUUAUCUGAAACUAUCCAUCAAUUACACGGAAAACUUAGUUUUACAACCAACAGCAGAUGAUUUAAUUUUUAUAUACACAUUAUUUAUUAUGCAAAUGGUCGAGAGUGCUGACAAGUUUCUAGUUUUAGAAUAUUAUAGAAAAAGAAACUACUUCACUAAGUUUCUGAAAAUAUAUAUAACCGAAGAAUUUGUGAAUUUUGCUAUACAUCAACUUUCAAAAAACAUCAUGGUAUUGUACGAGCCUAUAGCUGCUUAUGUAAAUAAACUUGAUUCCGACUUCAGCGAUAUUUAUAAGGACAUUGAAAUAUCAGAAAGUCUCAAUCCCGCUGAUGCUACGGAUAUUUAUGCGAAAUUCAACUUUGGCUGUGAACAAAUUUGGCAUUACCAGGAUUAUAUCAAAAAGGCCAGCAGUAUAUUAACCAGUGAAUAUUUUGCCAUUGGUCAGUUGAUUCUUUCUGAAUAUGUGUUGACAAUAAAAGAAUCGCUAGCUGUAAUUAUCGAAAGCAUUUUUUCGAACCUAUGUGAUAUUCAUAUUACUGAAGACGCAGAUAUUUGUCAAACAUUUGAAGAUUUAAAAACUUACGCUUUAACUAAGCCCUCCACGACUGAGAGUCUAAUCGAACAAGGAAAAUAUAUGAUUUGGGCAAAAACCGUUCUUAUUCAUCAACUCAGAGAAAGAAUUGAGCUCAUGCUUACCAAUUUAACGAACCUCGUCGAAUUUGGAACUAUUACCAAAGAACAUUUAGAAUUAAAUGCUGAGACUGUACAUUGGUUGAUAAAUAUAGAACCUAUCCUUGAAAUUAAUUCCAGUAUGUACGAACAAAUUAAAUUCGAAUACGAGGAGAGAUUACAAAGUACAAUCAGAUAUGUAGAUACGACAAUAGAGAAACUGAUACCUAUGCUAGGGAGUCUAGAUGAUAUGGAUGAUUUUAAUCGAUGUAGACAAUAUGUCAACCAAAUCAAGGUUCAUUUGGUUGUAUUAAGAGAUCUCAGACAAAAAAUUACUUGGAUUGUUAAAGAACAACAAUGUUUAGGAUUUACCGUAUCGAUAUUCAAAACGGUCGAACAAGUAGAAAACUGGAUUUACCCAUUCUUUCAUUUGAUUAAAGUGUGCAUGAAUAUACAAAGACAUAUCGAUGUUUGGUUGGAUGGUCCAUUUGAGUUUUUAGAUUAUGAAGAUACUGAACGAAGAGUUGACGAUUAUAUGAAGGAGUUAUUGAAAAUUCAAAAAACUUAUAGAAUGAAGUUGAGGCAAGCUUCAUCUGAAGAUACAUUGAGAUUUUUUGGAGCAGUUGAUGAUCCAGAUCUAUAUGCAUGGCCAUCGCCGUUGAAAUUGACGGCUUUGGCCAUUCAAAAAUUAAAGGAUUUUAGACCUGCCAUGACUCUUAUGAGGAUCAUGUGUAAUGAUGCAUUGAUGAAAAGACAUUGGAAGGAAAUGUCUCUUAUAGCUGGAUUCGAUCUCACCCCUAACGCCGGUACAUCCUUAAGAAAAAUGACAAUGAUGGGUUUAGAAGGAGAUUUGGACAAAUACGAUAUUAUUAGUUCUGGUGCAAGCAAGGAACGAGAACUUUACCGUAAUUUACAAAAAAUGCAAAAAGAAUGGGACGAAAUAUUAUUUAAAACGGGCACUUUUAAAGAUACGGGCAUCAAUAUUUUAACUCAGUUGGAUGAUAUUCAAGUUGUUUUGGAUGAUCACAUUCUUAAGGCUCUAACGAUGAGAGGUUCGAUAUUUGUUAAACCAUACGAAGCUGAAGUUAGAGCAUUUUAUUUUAAACUGACAAGAAUUAAUUCAACAUUAGACGAAUGGGGUAAAGUACAAUCACAGUGGUUGUACCUUUUACCCAUUUUCUCGUCAAAAGAUAUCGUGGCUCAAAUGCCCGAAGAAGGAAUUUUAUUUAAAGAGGUUAAUGAUACGUACAAGCGAUAUAUGGAUGUAGUUAUGAGAGAUCCAAGAGUUUUUGUUAUAGCUGGAGCUGAUGGCGUUUUAGAAAUAAUGAAACAUUGUAAUGAAUUACUUGAGAAGAUAAACGAAGGUGUCACAGCAUAUUUGGAAAAGAAACGAUUAUAUUUCCCAAGGUUCUUUUUCUUGUCCAACGACGAAAUGCUAGAAAUUCUUUCCGAAACCAAAGAUCCUCUCAGAGUUCAACCUCAUUUGAAAAAAUGUUUCGAGGCGAUAAACAAAUUAGAUUUUACGGAUAAACUAGAAAUUCUAGCAAUGUUCAGUCAAGAGAAUGAGAAAGUUAACUUUAAGAGUCAGGUAAAUACGAAGGAAGCUGGUGGUAGCGUUGAAAAAUGGUUAGUUCAGGUAGAGGAACAAAUGGUAAUAUCAGUUAGGGAUCAGAUAUUAAAAAGCUGCAGAAAUUACUUCUUGAUUCCCAGAACGCAAUGGGUUCAAAAGUGGCCUGGUCAGGUUGUACUUUGUGUAUCUCAAAUGCAUUGGACCUCAAACGUUCACAAAGCAUUAAACAACGAAGAUAAUCUUACAGUUUCCAUACUUUUUGAAAGCUUAAGACAAUCCUUGAACGACAUCGUCGCUCUAAUACGCGAUCCCACUCUCACUAACUUAUCAAGAAUCACAAUAAAGGCUUUGAUUGUAAUAGACGUACAUGCUAAAGACGUUGUGGAAGAACUCUUAAAAAAGAAUGUGAACAAUGAUAAAGAAUUUAAGUGGUUGUCACAGAUGAGAUAUUAUUUAGAAGAGGAUGAGGCAUAUGUACGCCUUAUUAAUGCUACGGUCAGAUAUGCUUAUGAAUAUUUAGGAAAUUCAGAUAGACUGGUUAUUACACCUCUUACUGAUAGAUGCUAUCGGACACUUAUAGGAGCUUAUCAUCUGCAUUUAAACGGCGCUCCCGAAGGUCCAGCCGGUACCGGAAAGACGGAAACAACUAAAGAUUUAGCAAAGGCGAUAGCCGUCCAAUGUGUUGUUUUUAACUGUUCAGAUGGCUUGGAUUACAAAGCUAUGGGCAAAUUCUUCAAAGGUCUUGCAUCUUGUGGAGCCUGGGCGUGUUUUGAUGAAUUUAAUCGUAUUGAUAUCGAAGUGUUAUCGGUAGUGGCUCAACAAAUAUUGUCAAUAAUAUUGGCGGUACGGGCCCACGUUCCCAAAUUUAACUUUGAAGGAACUGAAAUAAGUUUGAACCCAAGCUGCUAUGUGUGUAUUACCAUGAAUCCUGGAUAUGCAGGUAGAACAGAAUUGCCAGAUAACUUAAAGGUAUUAUUCAGGACAGUAGCUAUGAUGGUACCGGACUACGCAAUGAUCGGAGAAAUAUCUUUAUACUCCUACGGAUUUGUAGAUGCCAGAAAUUUGUCAGUAAAAAUUGUGACCGUAUAUAGAUUAUGUUCAGAACAGUUAUCUUCACAAAAUCACUAUGAUUACGGAAUGAGAGCUGUGAAGUCUGUUUUAUCUGCCGCCGGUAAUAACAAGAGGAAAGCACCAGACGAAAACGAAGAUAUUCUUCUCUUGCGUGCAAUAUUAGAUGUUAACUUGCCAAAAUUUUUAAAUCAUGAUCUUCCUCUCUUUGAUGGAAUUAUAUCUGACUUAUUCCCUGGUGUAGUUUUACCGGAAGCGGAUUAUACAGUUCUUACUAAAGCAAUGGUUACCUGUGCCCAAAAAAGAAAUCUUCAGCCUAGGGAAAGCUUCUUGAUAAAAAUUAUACAAACUUACGAGAUGAUGAUUGUCAGGCACGGUUUUAUGGUAGUUGGCUAUCCUUUAGCUGGCAAAACAUCCACGUUAAAAGUAUUAGCUGAUAGCUUAACACUUAUGAACAAACAAGGACUGAACGAAGAAAAAGUGGAAUACUUAAUACUAAAUCCUAAAGCUAUUACAAUGGGUCAGUUAUAUGGACAAUUUGAUCCUAUUUCCUAUGAAUGGACUGAUGGUGUUGUUGCUACCGGAUUCAGAAAUUUUGCAACAGAUCCUAGUCCGAAUAGAAAGUGGAUAAUAUUUGAUGGUCCGGUAGAUGCAGUUUGGAUUGAAAACAUGAACAGCGUUCUUGAUGACAAUAAAAAACUUUGCCUGAUGUCUGGGGAAGUUAUGUCAAUGACUAACUGCAUGUCCCUGAUUUUUGAGGUUAUGGAUUUGGAACAAGCAUCUCCAGCAACAGUCUCGAGGUGCGGGAUGAUUUAUAUGCAGCCUGAAACGUUAGGCUGGAGACCAUUUGUGGACUCCUGGCUACCGACUUGUAACCCGGAAUGGUGCGGCGAUGAAAAUCGCGGCCUUAUCAGUGACCUAUUUGACUGGAUUGUACCUCCGUGCCUCGAAUUUAUUAAAACUAAAUGCGUCAUGUACUGUAAUCCUGGAGAUAUUAGUCUUGUGAAAAAUAUGAUGUCAAUGGUAGAAAUGUUAUUAAAUGAUGCAUGCUCUGAGAGUACUAGGAAACAAGAAGAUCUUAAAAAUAUAUUAUUGUGGAUUCAAGCAGCCUUUAUACAAGCCGGCGUUUGGGGAAUCGCUUCAAUUUUAGACAGAAACUCGAGGGAAAUGUUUGAUGAAUAUUAUAAACAAAUGUGGAGAGGACAGUUAGAAGAAUAUCCUUAUCCGGAGUCUAUGCAAAAAUUGGAGAUAUCACUUCCAUCUGAUGGGAUACUAUUAGAUUACUCGUAUAAUUACAAAAUGAAAGGAAAUUGGAGAUAUAUCCCGGAUAUUGUAAAAUCUGAACGUGUUGAUGAAUGUAAAAAUAUUCUGCAAGCUCUAAUUCCAACAGUCGAUACUGUUAGAUAUAUGGACUUAAUUACACUUCAUAUAAAAUUCAAUCGAAAAUUAUUGCUAAUAGGACCAACUGGUACAGGAAAGAGUUUUUAUACGCACGAUUUGCUAAUGAAUAAAUUAAACAGAGAAAGAUACGAGCCUGCAUUCAUUACCUUUACUGUUCAAAUAACAUGCAAUCAAACGCAAGAUUUGGUCAUUUCAAAAUUGAACAAGAAGAAACGAGGCCAUUAUGGACCUCCAAAGGGCAAAUCGACAAUUUUGUUUAUUGAUGAUGUUAACAUGCCUUUAAAAGAAGAAUAUGGUGCUCAGCCUCCUUUAGAACUGCUAAGGCAAUUUUUUGAUCACAAAAAUUGGUAUGAUUUAAGGAAUACUCAGCCAAUUUAUCUUCACGAUGUUUUAUUCAUUGGUGCGAUGGGUUUAGUAGGAGGAAGCAGACAAGAUGUUUAUCCAAGAUUCUUACACCAUUUCAGUAUUUUUUCUAUUAACGAAUUUAGCGAGGAAAGUAUGUCAAAGAUAUAUUCCAACAUUUUGUUGUUAGGUUGGAAAAACAACGGGUUUCCGGCUGAGAUUAUUAAUACAGUGUUUCAAUCUGUGGCUGCUAGUUUGGACAUGUUUAAAUCUGCUAUCGAUAACUUGAGACCCACCCCUUCAAAGAGUCAUUACGUUUUUAAUUUGAGGGAUUUCUCCAGAUUGAUACAAGGUUGUGCCAUGCUCAAAAAAGAAUCCGCUGAAUCUAAGAAAACAUUUGUGAAGAUAUGGGCUCAUGAAGUACUAAGAGUAUUUUAUGACCGAUUAAUUGAAGACAAAGACAAAGAGUGGGUAUACAGAAAAUUACGCUCCUGUAUAAAAGACAAUUUUAAGGAGUACUUUGAUCUAGUUUUUGAUACAUAUCCAAAAAAUGCUGAUGGCGUUGUAUUACAUGAGUCUAUAAAAAGAUUAAUGUUUGGGACAUACUUUGAUCAAGAUUCCGAUGAAGACAAACGCUAUGAAGAAGUAGAAAAUAUUGAAACGUUCAAGGAUUUGAGUCAAAGUUGCUUAGAAGAAUAUAACGCUACUCAUAAAACCAAAAUGGACGUUAUAUUAUUCGAUUAUGCUCUAGAACAUUUAUCAAAAAUAUGUCGCGUUUUGUCCAUGAAUUGUGGCAGUGCUUUACUGGUAGGAAUUAGCGGGUCGGGUAGACAAUCUCUUACUCGCUUAGGAAGUGAGAUAUAUGGUCAUACAUUAUUUCAACCAGAAAUAACUAAUAAUUAUUCGUUAAAUGAUUGGAGAGAUGAUAUUAAGAAGAUUUUGAAAGAAUGUGGGGGCAAGGGAAAACAUAGCGUUUUCCUUAUUAGUGAGGGCCAAAUUAAAGAAGAAAGUUACCUACAAGACGUAGACUGUCUACUAAACUUGGGAGAAGUUCCAAAUAUUUAUCAAAUAGAUGAAAAGCAAGAAAUUUUAGAUAUGGUGAGACUAGCUGCACAAGGUGGCAAUAGAAAUUUAGAAAUUAGUCCGCUUGAAGUUUUCUUCUUCUUCACGAAGCGAUGUAAAGAGCGACUCCAUAUAAUACUGUGUUUUAGUCCUGUAGGCUCUACGUUUAGGAAAAGACUACGUUUAUAUCCAUCCUUAAUAAACUGUUGUACAAUCGAUUGGUUUCAAGUGUGGCCAGAAGAAGCUUUAAUUGAAGUUGCUGAGAAUUGGAUGGCCGAUGUAAAUUUAUCAUCUGAAAUAAAGAAAGUUGCUGUGAGCGUGUGCCAAUAUUUCCAUGUGGAAGCGACAAAAAAUUCAAAAGAGUUUUUUGAAAAACUAGGAAGAAAAACUUAUAUUACAUCCGCUUCUUACUUGGAGUUAAUUAGGUCAUUUACAGAGCUAACAAAUCGAAAACAAAAUCAACUUAUGGCCGCUAAGAAUCGAUACCUUGGAGGUCUGGAGAAGUUACACCACGCCGCGGUUAGUAUCGGAGAAAUGCAGACAUCUUUAGCUGAAUUGCAGCCGCAGUUAAAAGACAUGAGCGAUAAAGCAACAAUUAUGCUGAAUCAAAUUGAAAAGGAGACUCUAACUGUUGAAAAAAUAUCCGCGUUGGUAAGGCAAGACGAAAAAAUUGCCAACAAACAAGCGGCUGCGGCACAAGCUUUGAAAUUAGAAUGCGAAGCCGAUCUAGCGGAAGCUCUUCCAAUUUUGAAUGACGCUAUAAGUGCGUUGGAUACUUUGAAGCCGGCUGAUAUAACAUUGGUGAAAUCUAUGAAAAAUCCUCCUGAUGCAAUUAAACUUGUUAUGGCAGCAGUAUGUAUAAUUAAAGGUGUCAAACCUGAUAGAGUACCUGAUCCUUCAACAGGGAGAAUGCUUUUAGAUUUUUGGGCUCCUAGUAAACGCGUUUUAGGUGACAUGAACUUUUUGCAAGCGCUAAAAGACUUCGACAAGGAUAAUAUAAAACCUGAAAUUAUGGCUAAACUAAGGAAGGAAUAUAUUCCGCAUAAAGAUUUUAAACCUCAUAUAGUUGCUAAAGCUAGUAGCGCUGCAGAAGGGUUAUGCAAGUGGAUAAUAGCAAUGGACAUGUACGAUAAGGUGUACAAAAUUGUAGCGCCGAAGAAGGCAAAACUGCAAGCAGCAGAAAAAGAAUUUGCAGAAAUGAUGGAGAAAUUGACAGAGAAAAGGAAUGAGGUGCAGCGCUUAGAAAAACAGUUGGCCGAACUAAACGAAAAAUUAGAUGUAGCCGUAAAAAAACAAAGAGAGUUACAAGAUAGUGUUGACUUGUGUAACAAUAAAUUACUUAGAGCUCAAAAAUUGAUAGGAGGUUUAGGUGGCGAAAAAUCAAGAUGGACAGCGUGUGCCGAUGCACUUCAAGUUCAAUAUGAUGGAUUAGCUGGAGACAUUUUAAUAUCUUGUGGAAUUAUUUCAUACCUGUCUCCAUUUAACAGUAUAUUUAGACAAAGAACAGUUACUGACUGGCACAGAUAUGUCAAACAACUUAAAAUUCCUUGCGCAGAAACAUAUGAAAUGGUUACAGUCUUGGGAUCUGAUGUGCGAAUUCAACAGUGGUACAUAAAUGGUUUACCCAGAGAUAGCUUUUCUACAGAAAAUGGUAUAAUAAUGGACAAUUCGAGAAGAUGGUCUCUUUUUGUUGAUCCCCAAGCACAAGCUAGUAACUGGAUUAAAAAAAUGGAAAGAAUAAACAACCUAGAAGCUGUUAAGUUUUCAUUUCCGGAUUACAUGAAAAAAAUUGAGAUGUGCGUUCAAUUAGGAUAUCCCGUUAUAAUUGAAAGUGUAGACGAAGAACUUGAAGCUGCAAUUGAUCCUUUGCUAUUCAAGAAAACAUUUAAACAGGGUGGAAUAGAAGUAAUUGGAAUAGGUGAAAAUGUGAUUGAAUAUAACAAAAAUUUUAGGUUGUAUUUAACAUCAAAAUUACGAAAUCCUCAUUAUUUACCUGAAGUUUUUAACCGAGUUACUAUAAUUAAUUUUGCUUUGACUCUAGAGGGUCUUCAAGACCAACUGUUAGGUAUUGUCGUAGCCGUCGAAAAACCGGAACUGCAACAACUUAAAGAAGAAUUGAUUGUUCAAAAAGCCGAAAACAAGGCAGCACUUGAGAAUACAGAAGAGAAAAUAUUAAAAACUCUAUCAGAAUGCAAAGGUGACAUUCUUGAAGACGAAACCGCAAUUCAAAUAUUGGACGAUUCAAAAUUGCUGUCUACCGAAAUCAGGGAAAAGCAGGUUAAAUCACUACAGAUUGAGAAAUCGAUUGAAGAAUUUCGAGUGAAGUAUCAAGAAGUUGCCGAACAUUCAGCUGUUUUAUAUUACUGCAUCUCAGAUUUAGCUAACGUAGAUCCUAUGUAUCAAUAUUCACUUGAAUGGUUUAUAAAUUUGUACAUUUCUUCUAUACAAAGAGCUGAGAAAUUUAGAAGCAUCGAGAGACGAUGUCAAAGUCUUAUCAAUGCUUUUACGUUCGAUCUGUACAAUAACAUUACGAGGUCAUUGUUUGAAAAAGACAAGUUACUUUUCUCCUUUUUGCUUUGUUCAAAAAUAAUGAUUUAUCAGAAUAAACUAGACGAAAAAGAGUUUAUGUUUUUCCUCACUGGUGGCGUAAACGUCGAAAAUCCUUUGGAAAAUUCGUGUAAAGAAUGGCUACCAGAUAGCUCUUGGGAUGAAAUAUGUAGAUUGGAUGAAUUGCCAUUAUUUAAAGGAUUUAAAACAAGCUUUAUUAAAGACAGUGCAAAAUGGAAAAAUAUUUAUGAUAACUUUAAAGAAGACGUGGUUUGGCCAGAACCCUGGCAUAGUAAACUGAAUACUUUUGGACGACUGAUAAUAAUACGGAUAUUAAGGGCCGACAAACUGAAACAAUCUAUCACAAGUUUUGUAAAGUCGGAAAUGGAUGAAAGAUUUAUAAGACCUCCUCCUUUUAACAUAUCAUUGUCAUAUGAUGAUUCUUACAAUAUAUGUCCUCUCGUAUUUAUAUUGUCACCAGGAACUGACCCCAUGUCUGCAUUAGUGAAGUUUGCAGAAGAAAAAAAGAUGACAGAGAGGUUCCGUUCUAUUUCCCUUGGCCAAGGACAAGGUCCCAUGGCACAAGCUCUAAUAGAAGAGGGCCAAGAUGGAGGACUGUGGGUCUGUUUACAAAACUGCCAUUUAGCAACGUCUUGGAUGCCAAGCCUAGAAAAAAUAUUUGAAUCGCUAGAUUAUGCGAAUACUCAUGACAAUUUUAGACUUUGGCUCACAAGUUAUCCCUCAAAUAGGUUUCCUGUGUCCAUUUUACAGAGGGGAGUAAAAAUGACCAACGAGCCCCCAACAGGGCUUCAAAACAAUCUUUUGAAAUCCUACAUUAACGACCCCGUUAAGAAUCCCGUAUUCUACGACGGAUGCGAAAAUCACAAGUCAAUGUUUGCUAGAUUACUCUACGGGCUGGCCUUUUUCCACGCUGUUGUUCAGGAACGCAGGACAUUUGGCCCACUUGGUUGGAAUAUUCCCUACGGUUUUAACGAUUCUGAUUUCGAUAUUUCCGUUCAGCAACUGCAAAUGUUCAUUAACGAGAGUGAAAAUCCUUUCGAAGCCUUGAGCUAUCUUAUUGGAGAAUGUAAUUAUGGAGGCAGAGUCACUGACGAUUGGGAUAGACGAUUAAUCGUAACAAUUUUGUACGACUUUCUUAAUCCGAAUUUAGUAGACCAACCAGAUUAUGUGUUUAGUACAGUAGGGACUUGUUACGGCUUGCCAGAAAAAACGGAAUAUUCGGAGUACGUAUCUCACAUUCGAGCAUUGCCCCCAGAGCAUCCUCCGGAGAUAUUUGGCCUUCACACAAAUGCAGGAAUUACAAGAGACUUACAAGAUUCAAGACAACUUUUAAAUUCUGUACUGAAAGCAUACGGGGAAUCAUCUGGAGGUGGUGCAGGUGACUCUGACAAAUAUAUCAUGAUACUCUGUUCAGAUAUUCUCUCGAAACUGCCAAAAACGUUUAAUAUGGUAUUGGCCAACCAGAAAUUUCCAGUGGAAUACUCGGAAUCCAUGAAUACCGUUCUAGUUCAAGAAAUGGAACGGUUUAACAAAUUGCUCAAUAGAAUAAAAAGUUCUCUGACGACUAUGCAAAAAGCGUUGAAUGGGUUAGUGGCAAUGUCUCCAGAAUUAGAAGCGUUUUCAAUGACAUUGCUUUUAGCAAGAAUACCAGCUAGUUGGUCAUCUGUUUCAUACCCAAGUUUAAAAAAUUUACCAAACUACGUGGCAGAUUUCAUUAACAGAAUAAAUUUUCUGGAACAGUGGUCUGAAAGUGGAAAACCCCCUACAUACUGGGUUUCUGGAUUUUUCUUCACACAAGCCUUUUUAACUGGAGUUAAACAAAAUUUUGCCAGAAAGUACACGAUACCAAUUGACAAACUGACUUUUGAUUUUGAGAUAAAGACAAUGGAUUAUCUUGAUAAACCUCCAAAAGACGGAGCUUAUAUAAAUGGAUUAUUUUCGGACGGAGCGCGUUGGGAUAGAUACAAAUCCAUCAUCGAUGAAUUACUACCAAAAGUCCUACAUGAUGUUAUGCCUUUAAUAUGGAUUAUUCCAAUAAGGGAUGUCGAUUAUAACCCAGGAAGAAGAUAUAUAUCACCAGUCUAUAAAACUUCAGCACGACGGGGGGUUCUGUCCACGACAGGACAUUCUACGAAUUACGUGUUACCUAUUUUACUUGAUACAGUCCUACCACCAUCGCACUGGAUUAAAAGAAGUAUGGCACUAUUAUGUCAACUGGAUUAAUUCUCAUAGAAUAUUUGUA